ACUAACAUCAUGGGGGGAUGGGAAGCGUUCCGGCAGUUUAAAUUGCUCACAUGGCUCAGAGAGGAGAGACAGUCGAGGAAACUGAUUCUCUUCAUUGUCUUCGUCGCCCUGCUGCUGGACAACAUGCUGCUCACCGUGGUCGUUCCCAUCAUUCCCAGCUACCUCUACAACCUGGAUGAGAUGACAGACGCGGUGUCGCAGAACAACACCACGUUACAGCAGGAUCCUCAGGGAGCCUUCCACAGUAUUGUGUCUUUAUAUGACAACACUGUGAGGUUGCCUGGCUCCAACUCCACAGCCAGGUCCGCUGGUCUGAUCCCUACGACCACCGCGGCUACAGAGCUGCCCCGGAACUCCUCCUCCGACUGCCCCAAGGCCAACAGCAGGCUGCUCAAUGAGAAUGUCAAAGUGGGAAUGCUGUUUGCCUCCAAGGCCACCGUACAGCUCAUCACAAACCCCUUCAUAGGGCCUCUCACUAACAGAAUAGGAUAUCAACUUCCAAUAUUCAUAGGUUUCUGUAUCAUGUUCCUCUCCACUAUCAUGUUUGCCUUCUCAUCGAGCUACGCUCUGCUGUUUCUGGCCAGAUCGCUUCAAGGGGUGGGCUCCUCCUGCUCCUCUGUAGCAGGGAUGGGAAUGCUUGCUAGUGUUUACACAAAUGAUGAGGAGAGAGGUCACGCCAUUGGGGUCGCUUUGGGAGGGCUGGCACUGGGAGUGUUAGUGGGACCCCCAUUCGGCAGUGUGAUGUACGAGUUUGUUGGGAAGACUGCUCCUUUCCUUAUUCUGGCUUUCCUGGCUUUGUUUGAUGGAGCUCUGCAGCUCUUUGUUCUUCAGCCCACCAAGGUGGAACCAGAGAGUCAGAAGGGAACCCCGCUGCUGACACUGAUGAAGGAUCCAUACAUUGUAAUCGCAGCUGGUGCCAUUUGUUUUGGAAAUAUGGCCAUAGCCAUGAUGGAGCCAACACUGCCAAUCUGGAUGAUGGAGACCAUGUGCGCCAGGAAAUGGCAGCUAGGCGUCGCUUUCUUACCAGCGUCCAUCUCCUAUCUUAUUGGAACCAACAUCUUCGGCACGUUGGCGCACAAGAUGGGGAGAUGGCUGUGUGCUCUCAUUGGAAUGAUGUUGGUUGGAAUCAGUGUAAUAUGUGUUCCAUUUGCCAGUAACAUCUACGGUCUGAUUCUUCCAAAUUUUGGUGUUGGCUUUGCUAUUGGCAUGGUGGACUCCUCUAUGAUGCCUAUAAUGGGUUACCUGGUGGACCUGCGGCAUGUGUCGGUGUAUGGAAGUGUGUAUGCCAUUGCUGAUGUUGCGUUCUGCAUGGGAUUUGCUUUAGGUCCAUCUAUUGGAGGCUCCAUUGCUGAGAGCAUCGGCUUCCCCUGGCUGAUGACCAUAAUUGGAGUAGUGGAUAUAUUCUUUGCUCCAUUUUGCAUCUUUCUCAGGAAUCCACCGGGACAAGAAGAGAAAAUUGCAAUUUUGUCGGACACCAACUGUUCCAUGAAGACGAUGUCCUACUCCACACAAGGGACGCACUGUCAGGGGGAAAACAUGGAUCCAGAAUAUGACGAUUAUGAUUAA